UAGGUGUCAUGUUUGGCAAGGCUGAAGUUGGACAUCUAUUCAGAAUAUGAGUGGCUAGGUUUGCUGCUUCCGGCCAAUACUCCUUUGGAACAUCUCGUGCUGCAAGCAUACAUCUCAUCAUAUUCAUCAAGGUACUCAUCGAUCUUUUCCUGAGAAACAAUGUCAAUUUUCAGAAGAAACCAUCAUCAACGUGCUCAUAACAGGAAUUAUUGUGAAAACCCAGCUCCAAAAUGGGAGAAAGAUUUCUGCUUUGAAGUUGGCGGAAUGAAGUGGAAAGAUUUCUUAAAACGCAAGGCAUACACGUCAUAUUAUCCAAAAGUUCUACAAUGGGAUAAUUCAGCAGGAAAGGAGUCAUUUAUCAACGCCAAGAACCGGUUUUAUGCAGAAAUAAACAAGUCCCCAUGCAAAACAGAACUACUACCAAAUCCAGACAUGUACGUCGAUGAAAUAGACUGGGAUGCCAAACUUGAUCCUCAACUUUUCUUGGGGUUGGAGGAUGCACGCAACUACAAGCCUUGCGAAGAAGUUGUUCCGCUGGAUGGUAUCAAGCCAACAGGAUGGGACGUAGAUUCUUGCGAUUGGAACAAACCUGUGGUGCUAACAGGUAUGAUUGUGGGACAUAAAGGGAAUGAUAAUGAAGAAAAUGGCAAGAAUGGUGGAGUUUUGAGAAAAAGAAUGAGUGGCCAUUGUUCAAGAUAUGUGUCAAAACCAACAAACGUAUCAUACGCAGUUUAGGCAAUUGAGAUUUAAAUUUCGGCUUUUGAUAGAAAUUAAUUAGAGUAAGUGGAAUGCAUCUUUCCUUAGAGAUCAAACUCAUGCGACCCUAGUUGUUGAUUUUUAGGAGAAUCAGUAGUAUUUGAUUUUGUUAUGAAUACUAGUGGUAAUAUAUGUAGUUGGUUUUUCCUUUGAUUUCCUGGUAGUGUUGAGUUUGAUUACAGCAAUCUGGGCAGCAAGUUUCUUAUGUUUUUGCUUUAAAUUUAAUGGGAUGCAGCAGAGAUAAAUAUGUACAGUCAUUUCUCUUAAUACCAUUAUAGAUGGAUGGAUGGCUAACAGGCAAAAUCGAUGUUAAAAUAAAUAAAUAAAUAAA